AUGAUGAAAGGCCUCGAUUUAGAGAGGACGCGCGAGACACAAUCGAUCAGCAUUGGUUAUCGAAAGGCAAUCAGGAACGAGAAUCGAGAAAAGCACUGGACUCCGCUCAUCAAGACACCGAAAGAGUUGCUCAUGACGGAGAACCAUGACUUCAAGGAACCAAAGCCUAUGAAGAACAAGAAGGGCAAAGACCCAAACCUGUACUGCGAUUUUCACAAAGAUACAGGUCAUCUGACGGAUGACUGUAUCAGUCUAAGGCAAGAAAUCGAAAAAGCGCUGAAGAGCGGAAAGUUAAGCCAUUUGGUCAAGAACGUGCGCAAGGAGACGCGCCAGAUUCAGAGGAAUGAUGAUGGAAACCAGAAGAAGGUUAGACGCUUAGAGACGCACAUGGUCAAUGGACCAAGAUACAACGCGAGAGACAAGGGCAAGCGCCCAUUCGAACCAGCAUGGCAAGAACAACAAGUCAUCUUCCCGGUAGUGCACGGGGGACCACGCGCCACGUGCCCCGUUGUCAUUACAGGCAUCAUAGGUCACUAUGAAACAGAAUACAUCUUCAUCGAUCCCGGGAGUACGGCUGAUAUCAUUUAUGAACAAUGUUUCAAUCAGUUUGAUGAUGAAGAUAAAGCGUGCCUUGAGCCUGUCGACUAUCCUCUUUCAGGAUUUUGCAAUGAGAUGGUCUUCCCACUAGGCGAGAUUAGUUUCCCCGUCACGCUAUCUGACGGUAAACAUUCAAGAACUACAAAUGUCAACUUCAUGGUAAUGCCAGUCAAAUCAAGGCAUGAUGUUUUGAUUGGGAGAGAAACCCAAGGAGAAUUGAACAUGGUAACCUCCACACCCCACUCAGCCAUUGGUUUCCCAACCGAGACGGGGGUGGCGAUUAUCUAUGCAAAGAAAGAAGUGAUGGCAGUUGAGGAUGCGCGCGCAGUCAAAGCGCCAAAAAUUUCACAACCGAGCCACAAAAAUGGGUCUUGA